UCCCUGCUUGCGGCCUCAGGGCAGGGAGCGGCAACAGGAGGCGGGGAUGCGGCGGCGACUACUAUUGCCCGGCCCGCGGUUCCUCUUCUGGGCCUCCUCCUGCUGCUGCUCAGCCUUCGCCAUGGCCCAGCUCCGUGCCUCUUCCUCCUCGGCCGCCUCCUUCGACUACCUCGUCUUGGGGGGCGGCUCGGGAGGCCUGGCCAGCGCUCGCAGGGCGGCCGAGUUGGGCGCCAGGGCGGCCGUGGUGGAAAAGGGGGCCCUCGGGGGAACCUGCGUGAAUGUUGGAUGUGUGCCUAAAAAGGUGAUGUGGAAUACUGCUGUCCACUCUGAAUUCAUCCAUGAUCAUUUAGAUUAUGGUUUUGAAAUACCCAGUGUAGCAUUUAACUGGAGAGUAAUUAAAGAAAAGCGUGAUGCUUAUGUGAAGCGACUGAAUGAGAUCUAUCAAAAUAAUUUGGACAAGGCUCGUGUAGAAACUAUCCAUGGCUAUGCAUCCUUCACAGCUGAUCAGGAACCCACAGUUGAAGUUGAUGGUAAAAAAUAUACAGCACCUCACAUCCUGGUAGCUACUGGUGGGCAACCUUUGAUCCCCAGUGAAAGUGAGAUACCAGGGGCCAACUUGGGGAUUACUAGCGAUGGUUUCUUUGAACUAGAAGAGUUGCCCAAGCGUAGUGUUAUUGUUGGGGCUGGAUAUAUAGCAGUAGAGAUAGCUGGAAUCCUUUCAGCUUUAGGCUCAAAGACAUCCUUACUGGUGCGUUACGAUAAGGUGUUGAGAAAUUUUGAUUCAAUGAUCAGUACAAACUGCACUGAAGAGUUGGAGCAUAGUGGUAUAGAAAUCUGGAAACAUUCAAAGGUUAGGUCGGUCACAAAGUCACCUUCAGGACGGCUAGCAGUAACUGUAGUGUCCUCUCCUCUCAGUCAAAAACCUACCGUUAAUAUCAUUGAUGAUGUUGAUUGUCUCCUGUGGGCCAUUGGUAGAGAGCCCAACUCAAAGGGACUAAAUCUUGACCAUCUGGAUAUUAAAGUAGAUGGAAUGAAUCACAUUAUUGUUGAUGAGUUCCAAAAUACCACCAGGAAGGGGAUCUAUGCUCUUGGAGAUGUAUGUGGGAGAGCACUUCUAACACCAGUUGCAAUAGCAGCAGGAAGGAAACUGGCACACAGGUUGUUUGAAGGUAAAGAAGAUUCUAAACUUGACUACACGAACAUCCCUACCGUGGUCUUCAGUCAUCCACCCAUUGGAACGAUUGGACUAACUGAAGAGGAAGCCAAAUCUACGUAUGGGGAAAAGAAUGUGAAAACCUAUACAACAAGCUUUGUUCCAAUGUAUCAUGCUGUAACUAAAAGAAAAACAAAAUGUGUGAUGAAACUAGUAUGUGCCACUGAGCAAGAGAAGGUUGUUGGACUUCACAUGCAAGGGUUGGGAUGCGAUGAAAUGCUCCAGGGUUUUGCAGUGGCUGUCAAAAUGGGAGCAACAAAGGCUGACUUUGAUCGAACUGUGGCCAUUCACCCAACUUCAUCCGAAGAGCUGGUUACGCUUCGUUAAAAAGCUAAAUAUGGCUGAAGCUUACAGAAAUAUUUUCUAAAUGAAAGACUAAUCUUUACAGAAUCAUGUUUUCUUCUUUACAUACACAGCUACCCCCCCCCUUUUUUUUCUCUCUUUUUUUUUUACUGCAGCUGAAAUGUGAUGGAAUUACUUUCCCAAGCACCAGGAAAUCUAUGCUCAAAUUGGUGUGGUCUGCCUACUUGGAUGAAAUAAAGUGUUUUAAUAAUUCUCACUAAAAGUGAGAGAGCUGAAA